AAUUUAAUUGCACGUAUUCAAAAAAGAGAGAGUAACACAUAAUACAUACAUUGUUGUUGUGUUGAAUAAUUAUGGCCAGCACCCACGGUGGUUCUAAUAAGAUGCAACAGAGGAAGGAAAAGCGGCGGUUGUUCGCGGCGGCCGACGAUAGCGCCAUGAUGAAGCAAAUUCAGGCAACUCAUCAGCCUGAUGGCCGUGAAGUUGAUGUGAAACCGAUCAUUCAAAUUGUUGAUCAAGUCUUAAUUCAACUCAUUGCUCGUAGCAUUGAGGGUCAUCAUGAAAAAAGUGAGAACGAGAAAUUGGAAGCUGCUGCUGCAUUGGCUGAAUUUGACAUGCUUGACUCGCUGGCUUUUGUCAUACACAAAAUCUCGUGCGAGCUAUCGUGCAAGUGCUCGGGAAGCGGAGAUGCACAUGGAUCAACAAUGGUGCUCCUAAACUACCUAUCAAGUUAUGCAUGGCAUGGAAAGGUGGUUCUAACCCUAGCAUCAUUCUCAGUGGUGUUUGGAGAGUUCUGGCUAGUGGCUGAGAUGAGCACAAAAGAGAACACACUUGCCAAAUCAGUGGCACUUCUUAAACAACUCCCAGACAUAGUUGAGAAUUCAUCUUCAUUGAUGCCACAAUUUGAUGCUGUGAACAAGCUUGUGAAGGCUUCAUUGGAUGUUACAAUGUGCAUUGUUAAGUUUAAGGAGCUUCCAUCUCAAUAUAUUUCUCAAGACUCUCCUCCUAUGUCUCUUGCAAGUGCUUAUAUUCCAAUUGCUUCUUAUUGGGUUAUUAGAAGCAUUGUUGCUUGUUCCUCUCAGAUUUCUGGUUUCAUUGGCAUGAGAAAUGAGUCGAUGUCAUCAGCCACAGAGGCAUGGGAAUUAUCUAGCCUUGCUCACAAAAUGGCUAGUAUAUAUGAGCACCUCAAUAAUCAAUUGGAUCAAUGCUAUCGAGCCAUAGAGGAAAGGAUGCAAAUAGAGGCCUUCCACAAUCUGGUCCGUUUAUUUGAGACAGUCCACAUAGACAACAUGAAAAUCCUCAGAGCAUUGAUAUAUGCCAAGGAUGAUUUUCCUCCACUCAUUGAUGGAACUACCAAAACAAAGACUAGUCUUGAAAUCCUAAGGAGGAAGCAUGUGCUACUUCUAAUAUCAGAUCUUGACCUAUCACAAGAAGAGAUAAUGGUUCUUGACAACUUAUACAAAGAUGCAAAAGCAAGAGGUGAAGGACACUAUGAAAUGGUGUGGAUCCCAGUUGUGGAGAAAUCUUCAUGGAAUGAAGCAGCCAAUCAAAAGUUUGAGUACUUGCAAUCAAUGAUGGCAUGGUAUAGUGUUAGAGACCCAUUCAUAAUUGAGCCAUCAGUUAUAAAGUACAUAAAAGAAGUUUGGAACUUUACAAAGAAAGCCAUUGUUGUUGCACUUGAUCCACAAGGGAGGUUGUCUUCACCAAAUGCAAUUCAUAUGAUUUGGAUUUGGGGUAACUUGGCUUUCCCUUUCACAAGAGAGAAAGAAGAGUCUAUGUGGAAGCAAGAGAUUUGGAGUCUUGAGCUUCUUGUUGAUGGCAUUGACCCUAGUGUCUUGGAAUGGGUAACUGAAGGCAAAUUCAUAUGCCUGUAUGGAGGUGAAGACCUUGAAUGGAUUUCAAAAUUCACGACGGCCGCACUUAGCGUUGCGAAAGCCGGCGGAUUCGAGCUAGAGAUGGUUUAUGUGGGGAAGAGCAAUGCCAAGGAGAGGAUGCAGAAAAUGAUCAACACAUUUGCCACAAGGAAGUUCAGCUACUAUUGGCCUAAUGUGACUUCAAUUUGGUUCUUUUGGGCAAGGUUGGAGAGCAUGCUUUACUCAAAGUUACAGCAUGGAAGAACAGUGGAGAAUGAUGAAAUCAUGAGUGAGGUGAUGACUGUGCUUAGCUUUGAUGGUAGCGAUCAAGGUUGGGCUAUAUUUUGUAGGGGUGCAUCAGAAAUGGCUAGAGCCAAAGGUGACACUGCCCUAACAAGCUUGUUGGAAUUUGAUAAAUGGAAGGAGAACAUUGAUAAGCUUGGUUUGGUCCAAGCUCUCAAGGAUUAUCUUGAUCAGCUUCACACCCCUCACCACUGCAACCGCCUCAUACUCCCCGGUAGCACCGGCGGCAUACCUCAGAAGGUCGUUUGCGCCGAAUGCGGCCGCCAAAUGGAGAAGUACUUUAUGUAUCGUUGUUGCGUCGAGUAGUAAUAAUAACAGAUGUGUUUGGUUUGUAUUUUUAUUUUUAAUAUUUUCUGUUUUUAAAAUUUUGUGAAAAAAAAAAUAAUGAAAACAAUAAAAUUAUUUUUUUUUGUUUUCAUAAUUUUUUUUUCAUAAAAUUAUAAAAAUAGAAAAUACAAAAAACAAAAAAUAAAAAUACAAACCAAAGGCACUUUUAAAUACUUUGUAUUAUGUUGUGUCAGUUUGAUGUAUGAGACAGAAAUAAUUUAUUUUUAGUGUUGAUUUUAUGGGAUAUAUAUAGUCAUUAUAAGAUAUGGUGUUUGUGCUAUACUAGCUAGCUCUUUUAGUCCUUGCUAGGAAUUAAAGAGCAUUUGUAAUGUAAAACUUUAGUGUUGUAAUAAUGAUUAACAGUCAUGAUAUGUGUUAUGAAUACCUUAUUUUUA